AAAAGUUUUUAGCAUAAAAUUUGUUUAGCACCAGGCUACGUGUUCAGCGAGUUAAUAAGAACAGCCGUUUCCAUGGUGCGUGUUUUUGGAAGUCACUUCAUUGGAUACCUUGCCUAAAUCGUAUUAUCUAUUGACUGAUGGGUAUGCUGCGUUAUUUAGUAACUCAACAUAGUUGAGCAGCCGUGCAAUGUUGUUGUAGUUCUCUCUAAUCUUUUAAUUGAUGAGAUCAAUAACAAGGAGAGCGUUGGAAUGAAAAGGAAGUGAGAUAAUUUUGAACUCCUCAUCACUCUUAGCUCUUUGGUGUUUCUAUGUAAUCAUGCCAAGACACAGCUGAUUUUAGCGGUUUUAUUUUGAAAUUGUUUGAAUUUUCAGUAAGUUCCUAAGAAGAGUUUCUAUUAAAAAUUAUCAGUAUUGCGACGGUAUAUAAAUUUGUUUAUAUAAAUUAAUCGGACAUGAGUGCUUUAACGUCAACUAUUCAAAAUUAUAUGUACCCAGAUAAAUUUAAUAAGUCCAAAAAGAAUUUCAUCAAGGAAAACAUGAAGUUGGCCAGGAAACUGCAGGCUGUACCCAAAGAGAGGAGUGACAUAAAAAAAAGUUCUGGAAAAAAAAGUACUAAAAAGAUUGAGGAAGUUAAGAUUUCUCUAACACAAGACAAAAUAAUUACAGGCACUAACAAAUCAACUAUAGAAAAGAUAAUAGACUUUAAGGACCAAGGGUGCCAAACAUCAGCAAAUCAUUUAGAUGGAGGUCAGAUUCGUUUUCCAAAGGAGAGAUUAAAGACCCCACCACCACCUGAAGGAAAAAAAAAUAUGAGUCUUCAAGUUAAUCCAAUGAUUGACCUAGUUUAUAAAUCUAAUAAUGCACCUAAUGUCAUUGCUCCUCGUCAGUUGCCAGUAAAAGAUGAUGGUAAAGUUGACUUUGUUAGACUAAAUAUGCUCAUAUCUCCCAAAAAAAAAACAUCUACUGGUAAAUCCGACCCAAUCAAAGCGCCUCCUACUUAUCGACGAGGAGUUGUGCCUAAAUACUUAAGGGAAGCUAAAAAACAGCAAGUAGAAGAAGUGCAAGAGAAAGGUCUUGUAGAGAUGAUUGAUGAAUUAGAUGAGAAUUAUUACAUUGCUAUAAGUGAAGAAGAGAAAAAGGAGCGUCUCAGAGAAAUAAGAUUUGCCUACGCCCAGUUGGUUACAGAAUUAAAUGCUAUCCCAACGCACUGUGAUACUCCUAAAACACAAGCUAGAAGAGAUCAUAUUGAAACUACUCUUCAUAAGUUAGAAGAUGGUAUUAAACUUUUCUCAAGAGAAAAAUUGUAUAUAAAAAAUUACUAAAGACUUAAAAACGAAAUAAAAAAUUAUCAAAAAGCAUAUCAGACUCCAAUUUCUUGGUUCUAUGAAAAAAAAAAAAGGUGCAAUUAAUGAAAGCAAUGAAUUUUAGUUAAAUAGAUACAUUUCAAAUAUACAUGUAUUGAUAAAAUAUUUAUUAAGUAUUUAUUAAAUUUGUUAGUAUUUUU